AAGUUUACAGCUCAUUCUGUACUGAACAGACAACCAGUUCAAAACUACCUCAGAAGCUCAGCAACAGUUAAAUCAACUUUAAAUACAUUUCUUAAAAUGGGUGAACAAAAAUUCAAACUUGGAUUCGCUGAAAAUUUUGUGUUAAGUGGCGUAGCUGCUGCAGUGUCAAAGACUGCUGCUGCACCAAUCGAGCGUGUGAAGCUUUUGAUACAGAAUCAAAAUGAAAUGAUUAAACAAGGAACUCUAUCUGAACCCUACAAAGGCGUAGUGGACUGCACUGUGAAGACUUUUCGGACGGAAGGUUUCUACCCGUUUUGGCGAGGAAAUUUGGCGAAUUGCAUUCGUUACUUUCCAACUCAAGCGUUAAACUUUGCUUUCAAGGACAAAAUAAAGGUGAUAUUCAAACAAAACAAAAAUGAUGGCUACCUUGUCAAUUUUGGCAAAAAUAUAGCUGCCGGAGGUGUAGCAGGCGCCAUGUCUUUAUGUUUUGUCUAUUCGUUGGAUUACGCUCGUACUAAGCUGGCAAACGACUUGAAAUCCACUGGAAAAGGUGGGGAGCGUCAAUACAACGGUCUAGUUGACGUUUACCGCAAGACAUUGCAGACAGAUGGUAUCGUUGGAUUGUACCGUGGCUUCGUUAUCUCAUGUGUUGGAAUUAUUGCAUACAGAGGAUGUUACUUUGGUUUCUAUGACACACUAAAACCAAUCCUUCUUGGAGAUGAUGCUUCGCUUGCAUUAUCCUUUGUCCUUGGGUAUGGUGUCACAGUAACCUCUGGACUUAUUUCCUACCCUGUUGAUACGAUCCGAAGACGCAUGAUGAUGACAUCUGGACAAGCUGUCAAGUACAAAGGGUCGAUUGAUUGCACAGUUCAAAUCUUGAAGAGUGAAGGUGUUAUGUCAUUGUUCAAAGGAGCUGGGGCUAAUAUUUUGCGUGGUGUUGCUGGUGCUGGUGUUCUUGCUGGGUUUGACAAAUUUAAAGAGGUUUACAUCAUCAUGCGCAAAAAGCAAGCUGGGCUUUAAAUUCUUAUAAUAAAAGUAUAUAAAAGAUUACUUUCUUGUAUAUUUUAAUAUAUUUAUGAAAAACUAUAAAUAAUAAUGCGAGAUUA